AUGAGUAGCAAGAAAUACGCCCUCGUCCCAAUGGACGAUGAUGAGGUCGGUCCACAGAAGGUCGAGAAAAGUAAACACAAGAGCAAACACCGACACCGCGAGGAUCGCGAUCGAAACCGGGACAGAGACAGAGAGAGGGAUCGGGAGUCUUCCAGGCGGAAACAGGAACGGAGCCGCUCGCCGCGUGACUCGCGCAGCCACAAAUCGAGGUCCUACCGUCGUCACGACCGCGACGACGCUGAUGACCGGUGGGGUGACCAGGAGCCAUCGUCCGAUGAAGAAGAACCUCCCGCUGACGACCAGCCCGAGUACCAGGAAUCGGCAUCCAAGCGAGUGAAGCUCAGUCACGAUCAAAAGGAUCAGGAUCAGGAAGAUGACGAUGCCGACCUGUCGGACACGACUCGCGACCGGAAGGAGGCUGAGGCGUUUGCAAAGCGCCUUCGGGAGCGCGACGACGGGCGCACCAAGAAAAUCGUCGAAGACCGCUCCAAGGGCGGCAAGGUUCAGGAUGAACGACGUCGGCUCGCCGAAGAUGAAGCCGCGAGGCGCGCCGCCAUGCCGGAUCUGCGCGAGAGAUCAAGACAGGACUACUUGAAGAAGCGAGAAGCCGAGCGCCUGGCACUGUUGCGUAAACAAGUCGCUGAAGAGACCGCCGAGCUGCGCAGCGGCAUGCGCCUGAGUGACAGAGAAAAGGCCGAAUUUGCCAAAAACCGAGAAAUCCUGCGACUUGCCGAAGAACGCCUGCGCAUCGACGACCACCGGGAUGGCUACUACAUGCCAGAAGAUUACAUUACGGAAAAGGGAAAGAUAGACAAGAAGAAGAAAGAGGACGCCCUAUACAAGCGAUAUGUCGAAAAGGACGAGUAUGGCCAGGAGAAGUUUGUCACAGAGCAUGAAGAAUGGGAAAGGGAACAAGCUCAAAAAGCCAAGGCGCAAAUCAACAGAGCGGAGCGCGAGUAUGAAGGCGAUUACGAACUAGUUCUGGACGAAGAACAAUACAUCAGCUGGAACCUCGACUCGACCAUGGCCGGUGAAGGUAAACAGCUAACGAAGGAGCAACAAUUUCUGGCCGCGCAAAUAGAUGCUGCCGAAAAGAAGGCACUUUCUAUUCAAGAAACCAGAAAAAGUCUCCCCAUCUACGCCUACAGAGACGAGUUUAUUGCGGCCAUCAACGAACACCAGAUUCUUGUCAUUGUAGGAGAGACGGGCAGUGGUAAAACAACACAGCUGCCACAGUACCUCCACGAAGCAGGUUUCACCAAGAAUGGCCAGAAGGUUGGCUGCACCCAACCCCGACGAGUGGCCGCCAUGAGUGUUGCUGCUCGUGUAGCCGACGAAAUGGGCGUCAAAGUCGGAAACGAGGUUGGAUAUUCCAUCCGUUUCGAAGACAACACUAGCGACAAGACGAUCCUAAAGUACAUGACGGAUGGUAUGUUACUUCGAGAAUUCAUGACGGAGCCCGACCUUGCUGGCUACUCGGCAUUGAUGAUUGACGAGGCCCACGAACGUACCGUGCACACGGAUAUUCUGCUGGCGCUGGUCAAGGAUCUUUCGCGAGAACGCCCAGACCUCAAGCUGCUGAUCUCUUCGGCGACCAUGAACGCGGAGAAAUUCGCCAAGUAUUUCGAUGACGCACCAAUUUUCAAUAUUCCCGGUCGAAGAUACCCAGUUGAUAUCUACUACACGCCUGCCCCUGAGGCAAAUUAUCUAGCUGCAGCCAUCACCACGGUAUUCCAGAUUCACACAUCUCAAGGAAAAGGAGAUAUACUUGUUUUCCUGACAGGACAGGACGAGAUUGAUGCGGCUGAGCAAGAAAUCACAGAAACGGCGAAGAAACUGGGAAAUCGAGUAAAAGAGCUAAUUGUUUGCCCGAUCUACGCCAAUUUGCCCUCGGAGCUGCAAUCCAAGAUCUUUGAGCCUACCCCGGAAAACGCCAGGAAAGUUGUUCUUGCAACCAAUAUUGCAGAGACCAGUUUGACCAUUGACGGCAUUGUUUAUGUCAUAGAUCCAGGAUAUGUCAAGGAAAAUGUUUUCAACCCCGCGACUGGCAUGUCCAACUUGGUCGUGGUGCCUUGCUCGCGUGCUUCAGCCAACCAGCGAAGUGGCAGAGCUGGACGUGUUGGUCCUGGCAAAUGCUUUCGUCUGUACACAAAAUACGCAUACAUGAGCGAAAUGGACGAAUCAACCACGCCAGAGAUCCAACGGACAAACCUCAAUAGUAUCGUGCUCCUUCUCAAGUCACUUGGUAUCAACAAUUUGCUCGACUUUGAGUUCAUGGACCCUCCACCGACAGAAUCCCUCAUUGGCGCCUUGAACCAAUUGUUUGCACUCCAGGCUCUAAAUCACAAGGGAGAACUUACGAAGGUGGGCAGGCAAAUGGCUGAAUUUCCUACGGAGCCUAUGCUGGCGAAAGCUGUGCUCGCAGCCGACAAAUUUGGUUGUGUAGAAGAAGUGCUUUCUGUUGUGGCCAUGCUCAGUGAGGCCUCGGCGUUAUUCUUCCGACCCAAGGACAAGAAAAUCCACGCAGACAGUGCUCGCAACAGGUUUACGGUAAAGGAGGGCGGUGAUCAUCUUACCCUACUCAACAUUUGGAACCAGUGGGUUGACAGCGACUUCUCGCCAGUGUGGUCGAAGGAGAAUUUCCUCCAGCAAAGAUCUCUCACGCGAGCUCGGGAUGUCAGGGACCAGCUGGCAAAGCUCUGUGAUCGAGUCGAAGUCUCUCCAUCGACAUGCGGUGCCAGCAAUAUCGACCCAAUCAAGAAGGCAUUGACCGCUGGAUUCUUUCCCAAUGCAGCGCGUUUGCAACGCAGCGGAGAUGCCUACCGGACGGUCAAGAAUAGUGCCACAGUCUACAUACAUCCCAGCUCUGUUCUGAUGAAUGCAGACCCUCCGGAGCGCAUGGUCAUUUACUUUGAACUGGUACAGACAACAAAGGAGUACAUGCGCUCCUGCCUGCCUAUCAAGCCUCAGUGGCUGACUGAAGUGGCGCCCCAUUUCCAUAAAAAGUCAGAUGUUGACGAGAUGGAUGAGAAGAAGAUGCCAAAGCAUCGUAAUUAG